AUGGUUUUGACAAAAUUAAGGUUAAUCGAGAUAGUGAAUAGUUAUGAUACAAGAUUGAAGCAUAUAUGGUAUCUAGUAGUUAUUGCUACAUUCUGUUCUAGUAAUCAACCUAAUGAUAUUGCAAUCAUUUAUCUAUACGUUAUGUUAAGAUGUUUGCCUCAAUAUCAAGACAUGGAUGUAAAUGAGUUGAGUGAUUGUGUAUUCCAAUUAUUUGACCGAAUUGAUACGGAAAAUAGGUUGGAAGAGAUAAACCGAUAUUUUGAUAUAAAUAAGAAUAAUUUUGAUAAUUCUACCAUAGAUACCUUACGAACUAUAACUGAUAAGUUUAAAGAAACAUUAUUGAAAUGUAGUGCUAUUUGUGGAUUACCCAAAUGUAUUAAUGGAUUGACUGUAUUAAAAAGUGUAACACCAACAAUUGUACUAGAUAAUAUUGACAUCGUUGAUCCAUAUAGUCCGGUUAAUGAUAGAGAUUCAUUAUUUGCGCGUUCUUCGUUAUUGAAAAGAGGCAAAAGUGCUGAUGUGUUGGAAAAUGAUGAUAUUAAUAAUGGUAUUGAUCAUUGGAAUUUAAUCUAUAAUAAAGUUUCAAGUCGAGUUGCUAAUAAUUUAAAUCAAAGUUAUCCAGAUUUAUGGUAUUUCAUCAUUAAAGAUAUUUAUGGAUCAUUAUUAUCAAACAAUGAGGUGUUAAAUAAUAAAGAAACAAGUAUAAUUGUUAUUAGUUCAUUAAUUCCACAAGAUGUAAAUGCCCAAUUAAAAGGACAUUUAAGAGGAGCCCUCAAUGUUGGAUGUACUAUUGAAAUAAUUAAGUCAGUUCGUGAACUUUCAAUCUUAUGUUGUAAAUGGUGUAAUAUAAAUUGGCAAACAGAAAUCAGUAAGCUAUGA